UGCGUCGAUCGAUCAGACGAUCCAUGGUUGGCUUUUGGGUUGUGCAGGUUGUUCAGUGCACUUGACCAUGACAAUCCAAUCCAAUCCAAUCCAAUCCUCGCUGGCAUACUGAGAAUGGCACAAUGGUUCUGUCUUUUAUCUCUGGCGCUAUUGUCCAGUGGGACGGGAUUUGUUGGAGUUACCCGUCCUUCAGUACGACGACGGAUCCGUUUGUCCAAUCAUCAGAGUGAUGCAUCGUCGUCAUUGCAGGAAGCCUACCAGGAAGCGCGUGAGAUCAGGACACUGCAAGGUCACGAAUCUGCCCUUUUGCGUUACCAGCAAAUUUUGAAGGACAACCCUGACGAUUGGACUGCUGGGACGCGUAUUGCAGCAGCACAGAGCUCGCCUCGGAGACAGGAUCUAGCUUGCAAUGCCACAUUAGACGAUGUCAUGUCCAACAAGUCGGAGAUCCAGCUACUGCAAAAAAUGCUGAGCGAGCACAACUAUACACACCAACGUAUCUGUGAUUUCUUUGGCAUAAAAACUAAGCACGAAGAUCCAACAUCGUCAUGGUAUUGUUCUUGUGAAGGGGGUCCUCUGUUUCUAACCCCAGCAACCCCGGGGUCUGUCUCAAAGUACAAUCAUCCAUUGGCGGCACACCAAAAUCAGAAACAACAAGUUCCUUCUGCAGUAGCUUGCCUUAUAACCUUAUUCUUGCUCAGCUUGGCUGUUCCCAAGAAACUGCUAGAAGCCUCAAUCGGUGAAGAGUCCAUGCAACGAAUGCAAAAAGUGGGAUGGGUCUAUCCCUGCGAAAUCAACUCAGAGUUGAUGGUUCCAUACGUCCAUGUCUUUCCAGUGGACUUCGUGAGCCCAAUCGCCACCGUCGGGAGGAGAAAGACAUUGUGGUUCGUCACGGAUUUGCAUCCACGAGUCCUCUCCGCGACAACUGUGGGCACUGGCACGGAUAAGGGCAAUGCGGUCAUGUACAUUGGACCCGAUUCGCUAGCAUUGGCACAACACUUUGAUCCUUAUUCAUACUUGUCACAGAGGAAUUGUUACAGUGAUACGACGUCACCACCCACCAUACUAAAUGGACUAGAUCUUUGUACGGGAAGUGGCAUUCAGGCCCUUGCAGCUAUAACGCAAUGGAAACUGAAGCUAGAGUCAUCGUCGGCAACCUCCUCUCGCCACCAAACCAGGCUCCACAUGACGGCCGUCGACAUCAAUCCACGAGCACUUCGUUUCACUCUCUUCAAUGCCAUUCUCAACGGAUUGGAGCAUCAUAUACAGCUUGUACAGGCUGAUCUCGUCUCGGGGAGCAUCAUUGUUGGCAAAACCCACGAUCAACAGAAUUUGGAGGACUACUUUCGGGAAGGGAACCGCAAGUAUCAACUCAUUCUGGCAAAUCCUCCGUUUCUCCCAGUGCCUCCUCCGCCAAGUGAUGCCCACAAAUCUUCGUCAGAAAUGGUGGAUGCAAUAGACCAACGGUAUGGUUUGUUCUCUUCUGGGGGGGCCUCGGGAGAAGUCGUCCUGCAACGAAUAAUAGAAGUUGCCAGUCGACACUUGGAGGUGGAUGGGGUCGCGGGGGUUGUGUCGGAAUUCUUUCUGCAAAGUCAAGACCCACACUACGAACGUUUCUCCAAAUGGUGGACGGGUGUGCAAUCAUCAUCAUCCAAGGCACCAGGUCGAGCUGUACUUUUUGUCAAUGAAAACCCCAUUACAGCACAGGCCUACGCAGAAAGAAGGGCAGACAAUCCACAAGAAGCAGAGGUUUGGAUGGACCACUUAAAGUCACUGAAUGUUACAACGGCAUCGCCUGGGAUGCUCUAUACCCAAAAGCAACCACCACCAGCGGCCAUGCAUCGCGAUCUGGACUUGAUGAUUGUGAAGGUACCCAAGACAAGUCAGGGCUCUGUUUGGACGCCCUCCAACUAUGAUGCAACUCAGUACACGCAGCUCACUACUCGAAAAAUAUUUGACUGGCCUUUGAAUGGAGACCGGUGACUAAUUUGUCAAACCAAUACUACUAGGGAAGAUGUGCGUGAUUUGACGUCUAAGGCGCUCAGCCCAUGUAGAUGUUUGCAUGACAUGCAGUUCAGUGCUCCUUACUUCUUAAAAGCAAACCUGCAGGGUCAAUCAUCCAUAAUGGAACGAGCUUCCUCCUACAUGGUACACAUCUUUGACUGCCCUCAAAAGAGCCAAAUCUCUUGCAUGUUACACUUGUAGAAUUUCCUGCAUUAACUGGGAAAUCGAACCGUCAUGGUUCUCGAUGCAGUUUUCCCCCAUGAACUUCACGAUCAUCCGCAGCUUCGGGUGUGAGUGUGCCUUUCCUCAAGAAUAGUGUGGGCGUGGAAUCAGCAAGGGCCCGAAGGAAAUCGUCUAAGACAGGAGGACAUAGAACUUGGUUCCCUGUUCCCGGACCCAAUCAACAGCAUGGAGUACUUCCACAAGAGGAGUUGAUUCGAUUCACUGAACUUAGGCUGGUGGGGUAUUGUCCUCGUCGCUGUCGUUAUUCUCGCCAAUCCGAUGACUAUUGGCGGAUUCUGUUGUUGACGCAGAUGAAGACGUCUCAGUUGCUUGUGCCGUGUCUUCGGCACCAACUUGAUCGGUGUUGUUGCCGUCAUUGGAUGCCCUGAAUUGAAGGACCAUUGGAGGAAUAAGAAACUCCUUGCGGCACAUGGGGCACUCGUACCGCUGCAGAAGCCAUUGGUAGACGCACUCCCUGUGAAAGACGUGGGGGCAGUUGGGGUUGUUCGACUUGGACACGAGAUCUCCCUCUCGGAAAUGAGAUAGGCAAAUGGAACAUUCGCCAUCACGGAUGCUGCCGUUCAUCGAUACAAGGAUUUCGCCAUUCUCGACAUCUUGGCUCUCUGGAUCUUGUGUAGUCUGCAAAGUGUCUGCCAUUGUGCCAUCAUCGCCAUCUUUCUCGCCAUCUUCCUGCAAGUUCUGGUGUUCCUGAUGAUCAGUGGUCCUUUGAGCUUCUUCUUCUAUUCUCCAAGGGUAAGAUUGCAAGGUUUGAUCAAGAAACAUUAUUCGCAACUCUUCGCUGCUGAGUUUCCUGACGAAUGACAAACCAAAGGGCGAUUUGCCAUGAGGAAUAUCCAUCCAGCUCACUGCUGCCCGAAGCCUGCGGGCUUUCCAUGGUUUCGUUGUAGGGCAUGGUCAAUAUCGUAUUUUAAGUCUCGCUACCACAGUGGAAAUGCAACACCAAUAACUUCUGUCGCCUUCAUCAUCUUCUGCUCAUCACGUUUGUGUUCCAUGUUCCAUUGCAUCAUUGCUUCGUCAGCAGCAAAAAAGCCAGCGAAGCCCUUUUAGCAUACACGGACCGGUAAAUGUGAACCUUGGCGUUGGCCUCCACAGCUCUGCAACUCCCUCCUCUUGGCCCACACGAACAUAUGGUGCCUUAUCCAAGGACCGACAGAGGCUCAAUCUCUACCAUAACACUGGGACACGAUCUCGGCCCCUCGCGUAGCUACUACGCCAACAGAAGGAGAUCCAUUAACGGAAGAUGAAGCGAAAGAAGGAUCAGACUUAUGGCGGGCCAGAAGGAGCCCCCCGAGGGGGUUGCGUUCGGCCAUGUAUACAGUACCAUACACAAUUGACUCUAUCGUCUAGCUAGGUCUAUUAGUAGACCCUGGCACUUGCAGCUUCAAUGUUUUCUCAAAUGCUCGAAGCUGAUCUUGAAACCCGCCGUUAGGAGACACACAGGGUCUCCUCCUUCUGACUCUGGCAAGUGCUUCAUCAUACUGAAUUCCUUGCGAAUGCAUCACAUAAGCGACAACCGUGGCACCUGACCGGGAUAUACCGGACACACAAUGUACCAGAAUACCCGAGUUAUCAUUUUUGGCCUGGUCAAGAAAUUCAAACGCUGACUUCCAGUGUUGUUUCAAAUCCUCCGAGGGAUCAUCAUCGACAUCGAUUUGCUGGUAUUGAAUGCCUUCAUGGUGCGUCAUUCGUUCCAUGUGAGUGGCGACCGUCAGAAUACGGCGGAUACCGUGCUGGAGCAGCCAAUCCCGAUCCAAUGUACUUCCUUCUCCACCCAACCAUAACAAGCCGUCCAUGAUUUCACUGGGUUCCUCCCAUUUCAGUUUCCGGGUCACUUUCAUAUCCAGGUCAAAGGCAGAGUCGUAACAUGGGGGACAGAUGGGAAACGCUUUGUACUUGGAGGGUACCUGAAAUAAAGCGUCACAGAGAGUACAGCGUGUCAUGGCGUUGUUGUUUGGGGACUAUAUAGCUGUUGUUGUGGCUCAACAGUGGCAACGAAGUCGGAACUUUGAAAUACGUGGAUCCAAGUUUGACCUCUGCAAGCCAUUGAAGCGGUAAUUACACCCAUACAGUCCCGUACCGGUACGGUACGCACGGUGCGGCACGUGCUCCCAAGACACAGGCUGUACUAGCUAGUAUCCGCGACAAAAACCAAGA